AGCUCCAAUAGAGCAAGUAGAGCCGCUCUUGUGCAACCAACACCACCACCACCUCCUCCAUUGAUUCACAGACUUCAAAUUCCCCCACAAGCAGCCCAGCGUCCACUGUGAUCACAUUAAUAACAACAAUAGCCCGUGAUCACACAGGAGGAGAGAACCGGCGCUGCUCGUCCUCCGCGGGAUACUUGGACAGCUACAGCAACAGGAUCCAUCCCUACUCCCGUCUCCUUUUUUUUUUUUCUUCCCCACACCUGUGUUUUCCACUUUGAGAACACACGCUUUUUUUUUGCCCUCUUGGAUACCUGCGCGUUGUCCCUCAUAAAUGUCGGACUGAAUCUCACUACUAUGACAGGGAAACUAGCGGAGAAGCUCCCUCUUACCAUGAGCAGUUUAAUAAACACGAUCCCUGACAGUCUUUACCCAGAAGAGGACAUUCCGACGUCUAUGAACAUUUUCACCAGUACGGAAUCUAUUAAUCACUACUCACAGAUGAACACAGAUAAUAUCAUGGAUCUGGGCAUGGGAAGCGACAAGACAUCAGGAGAGAUUCAGUAUGGCUCCAGCUUCCAGUCCAACCGCAGCGGGCAGACUGUCACCUAUCUGGGGAAGUUUGCCUUUGACACCCCGCCGUCAGGUGGCAUCGGCGGCUCUGGCUGGUGCUCUGACAACAACAUCAUCAGCCUUGUCAGUGCGGGGAUCCUGGGCGUUUCUCCAUCACCUGGCACAGUAACGACACAGACAUCAUCCUCCGCAGCCAGCAUGGGCGGACAGGCAUCAGACAUGGAGCAGGUAUACGGUCCUCCGCUGCCUGCAUACUCCACCUGUAGCGACCUGUACCAGGACCAGGUCUCCUUCCACCACAGCCCGGCCACCAGCACGGCACUUGCCUACCCCGGCAAUGACUAUCACUCCACAUCUAAAGCCCCCAUGGAUGGCAGCCUUUUCUCCAUGAUCCCUGACUACAACCUUUUCCAUCACCAGGGGGAGGUUGGAGUGAUGGAGCACAAGCCCUUCCAGACAAUGGACCCCAUCCGUGUCAAUCCCCCACCCAUAACCCCCCUGGAGACCAUCAGAGCAUUUAAAGACAAGCAGCAGAUUCACCCAGGUUUCAUCGGCGGGCAGCAGCACCCUCCUCAGCACCACCCACCACCACAGACUCUCACCCUAAAGCCCAUCCGACCAAGGAAGUACCCCAAUCGUCCCAGCAAAACCCCUGUCCACGAACGUCCACAUGCCUGUCCUGCAGAGAACUGUGACAGACGCUUCUCCCGCUCAGAUGAGCUCACACGUCACUUACGCAUCCACACAGGUCACAAACCCUUCCAGUGCAGAAUAUGCAUGCGCUCCUUCAGCCGGAGCGACCACCUGACCACACAUAUCCGCACACACACAGGAGAGAAACCCUUCUCCUGUGAGUUCUGUGGACGCAAGUUUGCCAGGAGUGACGAGAGAAAGAGACAUGCAAAGGUUCACCUGAAACAGAAGGACAAGAAGCCAUCUGAUAAGGGCAGUGGGGCGGCUGGGAGCCACAGCUCGCCACCCAGCUCCUGUGGGGGUCCAACGGUGGGGACAUCAUGACCGUGACUACGUGCACAUGGACUCUCGCUAUGCCCCACAGAGAGACUAAGGAAGACAGGACCACGUCCACUAUGAGAUAAAUAGGUGACUCUUUUCCUCUUUUUUUGCAUCGCCUGCUCUUUUCAGUUACUUCUAUUUUGAGAUUGAUGCCUUUGGUUAGAGAAAGAGGGGGAAGCAACUCAGAGCCUCCUGUAACACAGUGCCAACACAAAGAACGGCACCACGGCAUAUUCUGUCCAAAAUCUGUGAGGUUUGGUCUGGAUACACUUUUUGUAAAUUUUACUGAGAAUUUCUUAAUUGGAAAGAAGCCAGAAUCUAUCACAGGGGUCAAAACAGACAAAAUUACAGUGGAGCUUAGUUAAAGGGUGUGUUGUCUGAAAAGAAUGCAUUAAUUAAUUUUAUUUGGCUGUUUUAAAGUGCAAUUGGUUAUAUUUCUGUACUGUCAUGAAUACCUUAUUAGUGGCACUUGACUGUCUAUUUUGUUGUUUUUUGUUGAGGUGUUGUUUUUUAUUUUAUAUUUGAAUGUUCUUUUUUCUUAAGAAUGUGCCAAAUGUAUUGUGGUAAUACAGCAACCUUGUUCUUAUUAUUGUGCCUGACAUUUGCCAAACAUAGCAGUGAUAUCAGCUUAGCACAUGUGUUGAGUUCAAGCAAACAUCAGAUCUCGGUUUUUCUGCAAAAUUUGGUGAAGCCCACAUAAUGACUGAAUGGGUUACACAAAGCACACUGAUGUCCUGUCCUGUAACCUGUACUGAUAAAGCAAACAUGCCUGCAGCAAUCGAUGCCUUUUCCAAUACUUAUUUAUUUAUAGUCACUGAGAGACACUGUGUAUUUUUGUUGCCUUUUUCUAUGGUAACUUUAUGUUGUUUACCAGAUAUAAUUUCUGUUGCUUUUUUUGAAAGCUCACCAAUAAUGUUCAUUUUACAUUUUCUUGAGUUCUGCAAUUAUAUGCAAUAUAUUCAUGACACAUUCACCAACCCGUAAAUCAAAUGAGCUCAAAGCACAGUUAGACAGACUGAACUACUUUAAUAUAUGACACUGGGUUGCAAACAAGCAGUAUAUGAAAGCAAAGAUAAAAAAGGAUUUUUAGUGUAAAAAGACUAAACCACUUGUUUUAAGUCGCCAAAAGAAAAGCAGCAUUAUAUGAGGGAAAUAAUGAAAUAUCCUUAUCCAUGUUUACAUCUUUUUUUAAUACAGUUAGACUGAGACAGAGUUGUGAACUAAGGAGUUGUUGUUUUUUGUACAGUAUACAAACAUGUAUGCAGGUAGUUACAGUAGAAGUUUCACUUUUGUACUAAACGGUCAAAUGCACCAGAAGUCAGUAUUAAAUUGUGCAUAUAUGUGCAUGCUUCCAUGCACACUAUGUAAAUACAAAUGUCUGCAUACACAAGAACUUUCAAUUGACUGAACGCCUGUGCAGAAUGUGUCUUAAAGCUUUUAGUAAUGUAGUUAUAAUACAGAAUAUUUUGUUGUCACAUGUUAUUGCAAUCAUUUAUUGGAGUGCUACAAUAGCACAAAAUAUAGUGUAUUAUCUUCCAUAAAAGAAAAAAAAAAGAAUAAGAGCAUUUGCACCAUGGGUACACUUUAAAGUGACAACUGGUUAAAGGAAGCACUAAUGUGUUCUCUGAAUAAACAACAAGAUGUUUUACAUUAUGUGUUCCUCCAGCGUAGUCCCAAACAAGGCUAUUCAAUUAACACAUCCUCCAAAUUGAACAGAGAAAUAUUUAUAUUCUCAGACAGGCAAGAGACUACAUGAUUGGAUAAUUUUCCCUUUUUUUUUUACAUAGUACAUGCAAUGCCAAUAUUUUUCACGAAUCGUUCCUCACUGAAGGUGUUUUAUAAUAUUGACAAAAGCACAGCAAUGACCAAUUUGAUAAAAAUGAAUGGAUGCCCAUUGAUUGCUUUUUCAGAAAUAUUUCAUUUUAACUUCACUUUGCAAAGCAGGAAGAUGUUUAAGUCUAAGAAGACUGGAUUGACUCUUUGAGUCAAAUGCAAAAAAAAAACAAUAUUGUGUAAUUUUCAUCAAUUACAAUUUAUAUACUACACUUAUGGUUAACAUUUUUUUUUUUUAAAUGAAUGAUUGAAAUCGUGGAUAUCACAAUUUAGGAGUUAUUUUCUUCUGUCAAGCCCAAUUUGUAACUCAUAUGACAAAAAUAUUGGCAUUGGUGUAAGAAAAAAAACAUUCACAUUUUCUCAUUAACUGUUGGUUUUAUUAUUUCAGAUUUAUCCUUUUUGUUUAGUGUUAAAACUGCUGAUAAUCUUAUCAUUUCAUUACAUUCUUCUUCUAUCUACUUUAACAAUGUUUCUGGUUAAUGAAUUUGCUCUUUGACUAUUAAGGAGUGUAGGCUGUAUGCUAGGCACAGAAUUCAAAACAGCAUUGUUAUCAACUGGAGAAAAACACAGUACUGUACUGGUCAGAAGACGCAGCAUUCAGACUUAAAGAGAGUAUCGACUAACUACUGCAAAGGCCAAAAGAAAGGUUGAGAAAAGCGGUGCCACAGAGAACACAGUGCAAACAGAAAUGAGCUUCCAAGGUCAUGCGUUCUCUUUCCUGUUACAACCAGUUUUCACGUCUCAGCUGCCUGGCAAGUGUCCACUUACUUUCCAAUUAAUGUGGCCUCAUAGUCUUUUCUCAGCUCAUCUACAUGCUAAAUGAACAGGCCUCCUUGCAUUUUUAUAUACAGUUUAAAGUUCACUCUCCCUGUAACAUCUAACUGUAAAUCAAUAGUUGACUACUAUGAAAUACAUUAUUUUUUAUUGCAGGAAUCGUCGUCGACAAAUUAAGUUUCUAAAGCAAUUUGCGACAGAAUGUCACUAAGAUGACACGAGCUUGCAGUUAAAAACACUGACAAUUCUAGACCUUUACUAUGAUACACAUCUUUCAAUCAGCAUCAAAUAACUAACACUCAGAGAUACAAUUGGGAUUGAAGUUUAGAUUCUGCAUUGAGUAAUACCCACAAAUGUAAAAAUCCUGUAGCAGACAGCCUCAUGGAGUCCCCACUAAAUAGAUAUACUAAAUGAGGCGAUAGGAAAAAAUAUUAUUUAUAUGUAAUGUUUUCUUUAGAAUAAUAUUCUCUAAAUCAUUUUAAUUUAUUUGACCAAAUAUGAUGCUCUCUUUUGUGUUCUUGAUUUGAGUUUUUUACUGGUGAGAAUGGAUGUUUGUAAUUAUGAUAAAUAGAAUGUGGCCUCCUCAAAAAGAAAAACUGUGUUUAUGUGUUAAAGAAAGAUGCAGAGUCAGACGGAGACUACACCAAACUAUCUCCGCGUCUAAAUGAAGCCAUGUAAUUACAACUUUGCAAACUCAAUAUUUCAUCAGUCGUGUGUUCUCAAUGUGUUUGUCACGCUUGUUAUUUGACACUUUUCUAAAGAACCGAUAGAUUUUGUAAAAUUUAUAUGAUCCCAAUCCCUCAAUAUAGUUUGGUGGUUGAACAACAUAACAGGUUGCAUUUUGUUUGUCUGCACAAUACCCAUUCUCUGUAAUGUGUGAAUGUUAAAGAUAUAUGUCGAUGUUAAACAAACUCAGAAACAGCCCCCUCUUAGUUGUGCUUCUCCAAAAAUAAUUGAUGUAAUUUUUUCUGUUUUAUUGUCAAAAAGUGGGCGGCUGAACGCUCUGAAAUCAGAAUUUGCCUCAUCCUCAUUCUGUGCUCCAUGUUGGAUAUGAGCCAACAUCAGCAGCCAUCUUUGUGCCAAACUGGGUUGCAGGGUUGGCUGAUCAAAAACAAUAAGUGAUGAGAUCUCCACAAAAGCAACAAAUCAUAAAUGUGACCUCAGUCAGCUCGCAGUUGAAGGCAGCCUUCUGCUAAUGUUUGUGUUUAACUGUUGAUUUAGUCUCUGGGAAGUUAGCCUUGGGCAGGACAAAAGGCUACGGAUCAUUCCUGCAAAUUAACAAAUAAACCUUUUUUUUUUUUUUUUUUUAAACACCUCACGUUUAAAGAGAUUACAAUAAUGCGUAGAUAUAAUAGGCUACUCAUGUCAAUUUAUGGACUACAGGGUGGCUUCAGGGAUUUUGUGGUCUUCAACCGUGACACCAUGGUGUUCAGAUGAAGUCGAUACUCACUGUUUUCUGUUGUGUUGUGUUUUCUUUUCCUUGCAGUAUAUCCUCAUGUUUGCAUGUGCACGGAAAUGUUCCAAAGUGCUGCCCUCAGACGUUGUGGGUGGUGCUCAUUUCUUUAUUAUGCAUGAAAAUAAAAGUCACAAUGGGUGAAAUGGGAUAAACCUGACAACAAUUCAAGACAGACAAUUGAAAACACACACUGGGAUAGCUGUUCUGUUGUUUUUUUUUCCUUUGAGAAAACAAGAGGUCUUGUUUAAAAUGUUGUGGAUGUCUUUAGCCUAUUUCAUGUUUUUAUUACCUUAUAAUAAGGUCCCUUCAUGAUGAGCUGAAUAUUGACAUGAAUUUUACUAUAUCCUUGUGAUGGGGAGUUGUGCUCCUCUGUUUACUUGGCACUUAAGUUUGUUGUAAUGCAAUUGUUUUGUUAUUUCUAUGUAAGUACUUGAAUAAAGAAAAAUAUCACUUGC